AUGAACAUUGCUAUGGAUGAUUUCGCAGGAACUGAGAUAUGUUCAGCAGUGAUGGAUACAUACUGGGGAGUGGCAGUCGAAGUCCCUUCAUAUCUUGUCUCGUAUGCCCUGGCAUCUGUCGCACUCGUGCAGCCAAGCGAAACAGGGCAUGGGCUACAGCUAUCAAGAUCAUGGAAUACCAGUCCCUUUACCACACUGGCACUUAUGGCGAGCAAUACCCACGUAUCGACACCCACCACUGUGAGAACUUGCAAGAGGCAUGACGACCGUCAUCGUCAUACUAUCAGCUACAAUCUUGACCAGACAUUCAAAAGGGUGGGGAAAAAUUGCCCGAUAACAGCAUAUACAUGCAAGUCUUGGAAGAUGACUAGCAGCGCGUCAACCUGGCGGACAAGAUACUGUCUGAACCUCGACAACUUGGUGCUGACAUCCGAUGUUAAACCUCUCACUGCAAGGAUUGGUGCUGCUACCUCCCAGCACGAGCGACUGUCCAUCCAAGACUGCUUCAUCGGUGCCGCCAUCUCAGACAUGUGCAUGGCUCACCACGUAAGGGCUGUGGGCCUGGUCGUUCCUUCUUGGGGCCUUAUGCCGGUACCAACACCAACACCCACUAGUAUGAUGAUACACUACUUUACCCUCUCCGGCGCAGCAGUCGACGCUUUUGCUUUUGUUCUGGCCAUUCCUCUUUUCGUGCUGAACAACAAAGAUAGGAGAUGCUACGGCGGUGUAGAUGAGGCUGAGGGAGCUCCAAAGGUGCAGGUGCCAGAGGGUGGGAGCAGGAGAAGCUGUGGACGAAUGGGUAGCUUACUCAGAAAAUUUUCUGUCUCAGUGACCACUGUACCGAGGAGGCUGCUAGGUCAGAAGACUUGCAGAUGUUCUCUCCAACUCAUCGCUGUCACUAGCCUCCGGUUCUGUUUUACCAUCAUCACUGAAGACCUGUAUGCCCCAUCUGUCACACUUGUGCACAAUUGA